GUAGAAGAAAAAGAAGAAGGAAGAAAGAAAAAGAUAUUACGCAAGCAAAGCAAACACUUCCACAACCACAAGGAAAGCAAGCAAGAGAAGAGAGUAGGGGAGUAUGGAGGAGGACUAGAGAGGUGUUACUGUAUUUUAUUUUAUUUUAUUUAAGUCGCUUUUUGUAAUUUACAAUAUAAAUACGCACUCUCUGUUGCGCUGCUGUGCUCUCCCACUCCGACUCCGGUUCCGAUUCCGAUUCACGCUCGGAAUUAGGUUUUGGUUGCUUUUACUUUCAUUGCGAUCGUUGGUACUUGCCCCGCCCACCAUGGCCAAUUUACACAUCAAUACAAUUCUGGAGAAGAUGACGGGUAAGGAUAAAGAUUACAGGUAUAUGGCCACAUCCGACUUGUUAAAUGAGCUAAACAAGGACUCCUUUAAGCCCGAUGCUGAUCUCGAUAUCAAGCUCUCUAACAUUGUCCUGCACCAGCUUGACGAUGUUGCUGGUGAUGUUUCUGCCCUAGCUGUCAAAUGUCUUGCACCUCUGGUCAGGAAGAUCAGUGAACCAAGGGUUGUCGAGAUGACUAAUAAACUAUGUAAUAAACUGCUUCAUGGCAAAGAUCAGCAUCGUGAUAUUGCAAGCAUUGCUUUGAAAACAAUCAUUUCUGAACUCCCUACUCCGUCUCUUGCUCACUCUAUCUUACUUUCUUUAUCUCCACAAUUAAUAAAUGGGAUAACUGCCCCGGGUAUGGGUCCAGAGAUUAAAUGUGAAUGUCUUGAUAUUUUAUGUGAUGUCCUUCACAAAUUUGGAAAUCUUAUGGCAAGUGAGCACGAGCUGCUUCUGAGUGCCUUACUCUCCCAACUGAAUUCAAAUCAAGCCAGUGUCAGAAAAAAGACUGUUUCUUGCAUUGCAUCUCUUUCUUCUAGCUUGUCGGAUGAUUUGUUGGCUAGGGCAACAGUUGAAGUUGUCAAGAACUUGACAAGUAAGGGUACAAAAUCUGAAUUGAUUCGCACAAACAUUCAAAUGAUCGGUGCACUAAGUCGUGCUGUUGGGUAUCGUUUUGGACCCCAUCUUGGGGACACCAUACCGGUGCUGAUUAAUUAUUGCGUGAGCGCAUCAGAGAAUGAUGAGGAGCUUCGUGAAUAUAGCUUGCAGGCACUAGAGAGUUUCCUUCUCAGGUGCCCUAGGGACAUUUCUUCCUAUUGUGGUGAAAUUCUUCAUCUUACAUUGGAGUAUCUAAGUUAUGAUCCAAACUUUACCGAUAAUAUGGAGGAAGAUACUGAUGAUGAGAAUCAUGAGGAGGACGAAGAUGAUGAGAGUGUUAAUGAGUACACAGAUGAUGAAGAUGUCAGCUGGAAAGUCCGGAGAGCAGCAGCUAAGUGCUUAGCUGCAGUAAUUGUUUCUCGUCCUGAGAUGCUCGCUAAGCUAUAUGAAGAGGCCUGCCCAAAAUUGAUUGAUAGGUUUAAAGAAAGGGAAGAAAAUGUCAAGAUGGAUGUUUUUAAUACAUUCAUUGAGCUUCUACGUCAAACUGGAAAUGUGACGAAAGGCCAGAUUGACAUGAAUGAAUCAAGUCCAAGAUGGUUACUGAAGCAAGAAGUCCCAAAGAUUGUCAAAUCCAUAAACCGGCAGCUACGUGAGAAAUCUAUCAAGACAAAGGUUGGUGCAUUUUCUAUGUUGAAAGAACUUGUGGUUGUCUUGCCAGACUGCCUUGCAGAUCAUAUUGGUUCACUCAUUCCAGGAAUAGAGAAGGCAUUGAAUGAAAAAUCUUCUACUUCAAAUUUGAAGAUUGAAGCACUUGUAUUUACAAGGCUGGUUUUGUCUUCACAUUCACCUCCUGUGUUUCACCCUUACAUCAAGGCUCUAUCAAAUGCUGUUCUAUCUGCUGUUAGUGAGCGUUAUUACAAAGUCACAGCUGAGGCAUUAAGAGUAUGUGGGGAACUUGUUCGUGUUGUACGCCCAAGUGUUGAGGGUUCUGGUUUUGAUUUUAAACCUUUUGUUCAUCCAAUCUAUGAUGCCAUAAUGUCACGUUUGACCAACCAAGAUCAAGAUCAGGAGGUUAAGGAGUGUGCUAUUUCUUGCAUGGGACUUGUCAUUUCAACAUUUGGUGAUAACCUUAGAGCGGAAUUACCAGCUUGUCUCCCUGUACUUGUUGACCGUAUGGGAAAUGAGAUAACCCGACUUACUGCUGUAAAGGCAUUUUCUGUAAUUGCUGCCUCCCCACUUCGGAUAGACCUAUCUUGUGUUUUGGGGCAUGUAAUUUCAGAGUUGACUGCAUUCUUGCGAAAGGCCAAUCGUGCUUUAAGGCAGGCAACACUUGGGACACUAAAUUCUUUGGUUGUUGCAUAUGGUGAUCAAAUUGGUCCAGCGGCUUAUGAAGUGAUCAUUGUGGAGCUGUCAACUUUGAUCAGUGACUCUGACUUGCAUAUGACGGCUCUUGCGCUUGAACUUUGCUGCACGCUGAUGGCAGAUAAGAGGUCAAGGCCCAUUAUUGGUUCAGCUGUUCGACAUAUAGUUCUUCCUCAGGCACUGACAUUAAUCAAGAGCCCUUUGCUACAGGGCCAAGCCCUACUGGCUUUGCGGAAAUUCUUUUCUGCCUUAGUGGAUUCUGCCAACACAAGUUUUGAUUCUUUAUUGGAGUCUCUUCUAUCAAGUGCGAAAGCAUCUCCUCAGUCAGGUGGUGUUGCAAAACAAGCACUUCAUUCUAUAGCACAAUGUGUGGCUGUUCUCUGCCUUACUGCUGGCGAUCAGGAAUGCUCUUCUACUGUUAAAAUGCUUACUGACAUCCUUAAAGAUGACAGUGCAACCAAUUCAGCCAAGCAGCACCUUGCCUUGCUCUGUUUGGGAGAGAUUGGCAGAAGGAAAGAUCUGAGCUCACAUGUGCAUAUUGAGACUAUUAUCAUCGAGUCUUUUCAGUCACCUUUUGAAGAGAUAAAGUCUGCUGCUUCUUAUGCCCUUGGCAAUAUAGCCGUUGGGAACCUGUCCAAGUAUCUACCUUUCAUCUUGGAUCAGAUUGACAAUCAGCAGAAGAAACAGUAUCUGUUGCUUCAUUCCCUUAAGGAGGUUAUAGUAAGACAAUCUGUAGAUAAAGCAGAAUUCCAGGAAUCAAGUGUUGAGAAGAUACUGAAUUUACUCUUCAACCACUGUGAAAGUGAGGAAGAGGGUGUGCGGAAUGUGGUAGCUGAGUGCCUUGGUAAAAUUGCACUUAUUGAACCUGUAAAACUCAUUCCCGCGCUUAAGGUAAGAACAACCAGUCCAGCUGCAUUCACUAGGGCAACUGUUGUUACUGCUGUAAAGUAUUCUAUAGUUGAGCGGCCAGAGAAAAUAGAUGAGAUUAUAUACCCAGAGAUCUCUUCAUUCCUUAUGCUUAUCAAGGAUCAUGACCGACAUGUUAGGCGUGCUGCUGUGUUGGCUUUAAGUACAUUUGCUCACAAUAAGCCUAACCUGAUCAAGGGGCUUCUUCCAGAACUGCUCCCUCUGCUUUAUGAUCAGACAAUUGUUAAGCAAGAAUUGAUAAGAACAGUUGAUCUUGGUCCUUUCAAGCAUGUUGUGGAUGAUGGGCUUGAGCUAAGAAAAGCAGCUUUUGAAUGUGUAGACACAUUACUGGACAGUUGUCUUGAUCAAGUUAACCCUUCAUCUUUUAUUGUUCCCUACCUCAAGUCUGGACUAGAUGAUCAUUAUGAUGUAAAGAUGCCUUGUCAUCUUAUCCUCUCCAAACUUGCGGAUAAAUGUCCAUCUGCUGUAUUAGCCGUGUUGGAUUCAUUGGUGGACCCUCUCCAAAAAACAAUCAAUUUUAAGCCAAAGCAGGAUGCUGUGAAACAAGAAGUAGACCGAAAUGAAGACAUGAUCCGCAGUGCUCUUCGUGCCAUUGCUUCUUUAAACCGGAUAAGCGGCGGAGACUGCAGCUUGAAGUUGAAGAACCUAAUGAGUGAAAUUUCAAAAUCUCCAACACUGUGGGACAAGUAUUACUCCAUCCGAAAUGAGUGAUGGGCCCUGGGGUUUUUGCUCCAGAUUUGAUGCACUAGAAGACGAGGUUUGAUGGAAGAAAAUAUGAAAGUGGAAGUUUUAUGUUCCAAAAGUUCUCAUGACAGGGUUUUAAGUCCUCGCUAAUGACAUUUUGAGAUUGGAUAUGGCUUCCCAUUCCAUGUAUAGGAUCUGGUGCUGCAGAGACAUGUAUUCAACUUUCAAUUUGUUUGAAAAGAGAAAAAAUAGUCCUUUAAUUUCAAUUAUAAUCGACUUCAUCCUCGUUCAAAGAUACUGAA